GAGAAUCCCGUAGUUUAGACCAGUGGAACACACCAAACGAUUACUGUGUUACCAAAUGCAAAAAUGUCAUGUCCGAAUAACAUAGCUCCCGGUAACUUCCUCAUGGAUUCCUUAAUGGGAGGAUCAUCUUCCUUCAGGGGUGACAGUUAUUCCAGCAACCCCGGAAUGUACAUCCACUCAGCUGCAGAGUACGGAUAUUCAGUGAUGAGAAACAGUGGGAAGGUUGGACUGUCUUCACUCUCGAAAGGAGACGAGAUUCUUACUCCGGGCGGUGUGUCGCUCAGCGGCUUCCAGGAUGAGGCCUACCUGUCAACACAACUGGCCACAUGGACCCCAGGCUCCAAAACCUCCAGGGACGAGCAACCUGUUGCCCAGUGUUUACAACCCUGCUUGUUUCCAAUGGGUAGCGUCAAAGAGGAGGCGUUUUGUUGCCUCUACCAGGAAGACAGCAAUAAGGGGAAACAGACAACAGAGUCAGCCACUUACAUCCGGCUUGGGGACAAUAGCUGCCGGCCUCAGCAAACUGCCUCCUCUUCCAGCGGAUGUUUCAAGGUGUACAGCGGAGAGAGGCCGCCACAGGAUGGUCGGCAGUUCCCCUCCAGUUUCUCUCUGACCCACUUGGCGACAUCUGUUGAACCAUCAGCAGAAUCGACAAUAAGUCGCAGCAAAGCGAAGGAGACAGCGAGAGAGCUUUCCAAAACAGAGGAGAGUCAGAGCAGGAAGGAAGAGAAGGCCAAGAGUGACAGCUGCACAGAUAUCUCGGACGGGGAAUUAAAAGAUGAUUUGUCCGCGGAAAAGACAACGGGAAGCUGGUUAAAAGCCAAAAGUGGAAGGAAGAAGCGCUGUCCCUACACAAAGCAUCAGACGCUGGAGCUGGAAAAGGAGUUCUUGUUCAACAUGUAUCUGUCUCGGGAGCGCCGCCUGGAGAUCAGCCGGAGUAUCAACCUGACCGACAGACAGGUCAAGAUCUGGUUCCAAAACAGACGCAUGAAGCUCAAGAAGCUAAACAGGGAGAGCCGAGAAAGGGAACAGAGCGCAGUCUACAACUACUCCUGAGGAGAUAUUUAACAAACACACACACACACACACACACACACACACACACACACACACACACACACACACACACACACACACACACACACACACAUACACACCAUGCAUCACAUCCAUUACUUCCAAAUCACGCACACAGACAGCCCAGACAUGCAUGUGUCUAUAAAUGAUACAUCCAGCAAUUAUUAUUAUUAUUUAGUGAUCUUUCUCAUUAUGUGCACACUAAGCACACGUGCACACAUCGUGCCUUCCUAUAUGAACGAUCUAAACGCUGCAACUUGCAGACCAGACCUGAGUUUCCAGGUAAACAGUUGUAGCGACACUGGAACAGUAAGGUGCUAUUAGCUUGUAAUUUAAAUUGUAAUAUAACAUGAACCAAAGGAAAGGAGGAGGCAACAUUCACGCAGUCUAUAAAUAACUAGUGGCAUGUAAGCGGUUUCAAUUUGCUGAGCUUCAAUGAAUGAAAUGCCACUUGUGCUGCUGCUUCUUCCUUGGUGUGUAAUGUGCAUGCACGCGAUGAUAUUAAACUAUGUCAUGGCGAACGAUUCCAAAACAAUAAAAAGAAAGAAAGGAGGGCGAAUUAGAUAAAAAGCUAUUUCCAACUUUGUCCUUCCCCUAGCAUAGCAAUGAAAAUGAGAGGGAGGGAGAGACACUGCGGAUGAGAGAAGGAGAUCAUGGCAGUUUUAAUAGAAGUGAGAGACCAUAACGUUGAUUUAAAUAUUAUCCAGGUGACCACAGUAAGUCAAGGUCAUAAAAUUCUAAUGUCAGGUUCGCCCUGGAAAGCGUUGGGGGUGGAUUUUAUGAUCUGCAAAUAUAAUGUGCUGCAGCAGUAAAGAUGCGUUUAAAGGUGUGUGUGGAGGAGGGCUAAUCCACACAGCAGAGACUGCAGUGUGCAGGACCCAGCCGAGAGGCGCUGGGCUGGCGGGAGCAGGCGCCUCCAUCCCGGGGAUAGUGGAGCUUCAUGGGCACAGGAGAUCAGGAGGAUGGUGGAUAAAGGGACAGCGACCGCGACGGCUCCAGUGACAAUAAUAACAAGCGUCACGACAAACACGUGGAUAACAAAGCGCAUCUGGAAGGCGUCUACCGAAGGCAAGUGAAGAGAGAUCUUCGGGACAGUCGCCGCCUCUACAGCCGCUGCCUGCGUUUAUUCCCCCACCGGAGGCAAUAAAACCACUGGGACAGCAAAUGGAAGAAGAAAGCCUGCUAGAAAAGACUUUUCCCGGCAGACACCCUGUCUCCAUAAGCUGCUUAUCGCCGGAAUGUGAACACAGCCAGCAGCACAGAGGAGAUGUGCGUUGUGUUGAUAUAUCCCACUCGCCAUCGUGACCCUUCAGCUGCUUUGUUGGACCACAGUGACGCUCGAAAUUGUGGAGAGCCUGCUGGGGGCAUUUCAACGAGCCAAAGUGAGCGAGACUGCGGAUUUAAUAAUGCUGUUCAUUGAUUGUUCCUGCGCUUUUAUUUGGGCCAUUACAAAGCUCAGAAACAUGUGCACCAGGUAACAGAUAAGGGCUUUUUCAAGCUGUAAAACUGCAGUCAGAAGAAGAGGGAAUUAGCACCACUCAAGAUCACAAGGACUGGUGGCUGAUUUCUAUUUACACGUGUCGUGAAUUGCUAUCCUGCAUUUGGGACAGAUGUUCACUUAGUCUAGAGUGUGUACAGCAGACUCUCUUGUCUGCAGCAACUUCACAGUGACACAAUACUGGUCCUGCAGUUAAAUCAGCAGCUCAUUACACCCUCUGCUCUGUGACAUAAUAGUGAUGUAGUUUCACUGCUGGCUGGUUUGUGAGCUCCUGGUGAAUGCUUCUCUGCAGGGUUGUGUGCCCCUGAUCUGUGACAUCAUAUUAGUGAUAUUAUGUAAGUUUGAUCAGUUGGAUGUUUGACGCCUGCUUAGCCCACAUUUGUGUUGCAGUUUUGUUGUGUCUAUGACAUUUUCGUCUGUGGCACGUCAGGGUUUAUAUUCAAAUUUGGAUUUAUGCAAUGUUUUGUUUUCUAUGGUUGCUUUGUUGUGUUGUGCCUUAUGGAAGCAAAGGUUAGAGAUUAAAAGAGUUUAGCUUUGUCUUGUCUGUAGGACAGAAUAGAAGCACCAUGGAUGCACUCUUAAAAUCUUUUAUGUUGUAAA